CAUGGAUGUGAAACUGGCGGGGCCCUGGACGGGGGGCGUGGGGAAGAGCGCCAUGAUUGUACGCUUCCUCACCAAAAGGUUUAUUGGAGACUAUGAACCCAACACUGGGAAUCUCUAUUCAAGACUUGUUCAUAUAGAUGGUGAUCAAAUUUUCCUGCGGAUCCAAGAUACACCAGGAUAUAUUGAGGUCCAAGAAGACUUACCACAGAUGCUGGAUUCGCUUUCUGGUUGUCUCAAGUGGGCAGAUGGUUUUCUUUUAGUCUAUUCAAUUACAGACCAUCAUAGCUACCAGUUCAUUCGGCCGCUUUUUCAACACAUCCAGAAGAUUCGCCCUGACUCUAAAAUCCCAGUCAUCAUUGUAGGGAACAAAGGGGAUUUGAUGCAUUCCCGACAGGUUGCAGCAAAUGAUGGCCUACAGUUGGCCAAUGAACUGGGUGCUGUGUUCCUAGAAGUCUCGACGAGUGAUAAUUAUCAAGGUGUAUGUGAUGUCUUUCAAUACCUGUGUAAAGAAGUUAGCAAACAGCACAGUUGUGGCAGUCGAGACAAAAGGAGAUCAUCCAUCAUUCCACGUCCCAAAUCACCAAACGUGCAAGACCUCAAGAGACGUUUCAAACAGGCUCUUUCAUCCAAAGUGAAAUAGACUUGAAAUGGCCUUUUGAUCAAAACUGUUUUAUUAAUUACACGUUUAUAAGAAGAUUUUAUUUUUGUACUGAUGCUGUUGAUGUCUAUCUAGAUGAAAAUACACAACUUCCUUGGAAUUACUUUCAUAUGAAUUUUUCCUCCUCCCCCACCUUCUAUACUGAAUUGCAACAAAAUAAAAUUUUAAAAAAA